UUGCCUGAAGCAAAAGGGGCUCGAUGUUCUCACGCAAUGAUAUCAUAACGUUAUUGACGUAGACGGCGAUAAUAAAUAAUGAAUUUGCUCGCUUAUCACGUGGAGGCAGCGACUGAAUAAUUUAACCCCUACGUUACUACAAGAGCGUACGUCCCUUUUUGCAGCAUCAGUGAAGUAUCCCUCCCUGCGACGACCUUAAUCCCUGCAAUGAUGAUUUUUUUCACCUUCAGUGCUGCGUUAAAUUAUGAUAAAUCAUUGCUAAUGUUAUGAUGAGAAUUAUAUGAUACGCAAACGGAAAUGCAUCCUACUUGGGAUCCACCUGGCUUUGGACUACGCCACAGUAUCGCGCUGCUGUAAGCCGCAGCACCCCACAUCAGCAUCGGCACAGCUGGACAGCGGCAGCCUGGAAGCAUUGCUUCACCUUCACCCUCACUGGUCAUGUGGAAAUAUCUGGUAAUGAUGCUCCUCUGAAGGACAGUGAACAUCUCAGCUGCUUUCUUUGUGAGCCCCCUAUACUACAAGACCAAAAACCCAAAGCUUCUUCGGUCCCUCCAUCCCUCCAUCCUCCUCAGAGUAUCAGCCCCAUUUCUUGCAGGCAUUUGAUCCAUAACCAGAGCUCCAAGAUGAGCGGGCUCUUCGCUAAACUGGACCCGCGGCGGAUUCAGUGGGGGGCCACCUGGUUUGCCUUCCAAUCCCGUGUCCUGCGCACGAAGCCGGUGGAGUCUAUGCUGGAGAGCACGGGAAGCACUGGGGCUCACGGCACUAAACUCGCCCGUGUUCUCUCCACCGUGGACCUCGUGUCUCUGGGAGUGGGAAGCUGUGUCGGCACUGGCAUGUAUGUGGUGUCUGGACUGGUGGCUAAGGAAAUGGCAGGUCCUGGGGUCAUUGUGUCUUUCAUCAUCGCUGCUGUGGCCUCCAUCCUGUCAGGGGUGUGCUAUGCUGAAUUUGGUGUGCGAGUGCCUAAAACCACAGGAUCAGCCUAUACUUACAGCUAUGUGACAGUGGGAGAAUUUGUGGCUUUUUUUAUUGGCUGGAAUCUGAUUUUGGAGUAUCUGAUUGGUACAGCAGCAGGAGCCAGUGCACUCAGCAGCAUGUUCGACUCCCUGGCCAAUCACAGCAUCAGCGGCUUCAUGAUCAACCACAUAGGAACACUCAACGGCUUGGGUAAAGGGGAGCAGGCGUAUCCGGACAUCCUGGCCCUGGUCAUAGUCAUCCUGGUCACAGUGAUCGUUGCUCUGGGCGUGAAGAAUUCCGUCGGGUUCAACAACGUGCUGAAUGUCAUCAAUCUAGUGGUGUGGGUAUUCAUAAUGAUUGCAGGCCUUUUCUUCGUCAGUGGCAGCAACUGGGAUGAGGGACGAUUCCUGCCCUAUGGCUGGUCAGGGGUCAUGCAGGGUGCAGCCACUUGCUUCUAUGCUUUUAUUGGGUUUGAUAUUAUAGCCACCACCGGAGAGGAAGCCAAGAGUCCCAACACAUCCAUCCCCUAUGCCAUCACUGCCUCUCUGGUCACCUGUCUCACUGCCUAUGUCUCUGUGAGUGUGAUCCUCACCCUGAUGGUCCCCUACACUGAAAUUGACAUAGAUGCUCCGCUGAUGGAGAUGUUCUCUCUACAUGGCUUCCAAACUGCCAAAUACAUAGUGGCCAUCGGCUCCAUUGCAGGACUGACAGUUAGUUUGUUGGGCUCUCUCUUCCCAUUGCCGAGAGUCAUCUAUGCCAUGGCCGGAGAUGGUUUGCUCUUCAGGUUCCUGGCCCAUGUGAACACAUACACAGAGACUCCUGCAGUGGCCUGUGUGGUGUCGGGCUUCCUCUCUGCUCUCUUGGCUUUGCUCGUCAGUCUGAGGGAUCUGAUUGAGAUGAUGUCCAUCGGCACUCUGCUAGCCUACACGCUAGUGUCAGUGUGUGUGCUGCUGCUACGUUACCAGCCCGAGGGAGAUAUUCACGGAUUCGUCAACUUCCUCUCCGAGCAGAACGCAAAGCGUAAGGAGGGAGUUCUGGCCGAGUGUGAGAAGGAAGCCUGUUCGCCAAACAGUGAGGGCGAUGAUUUUGGAGGAGCUCCUACAAACGCCUGUGGAGCCAAGAACUUGCCAUCUUUAGGAGACAAUGAGAUGCUGAUCGGUAAACCCGACAAGUCCACCUACACUGCCAGUCACCCCAACUACGGCACAGUGGACAUGUCCUCAGGCAUCGAGUCAGAUGAGACAGAUAGCGUGUAUCUGCUGAAGUUGAAGAAGCUGCUGGGGCCUCGCUAUUACACCAUGCGUAUUCGGCUUGGCCUGCCGGGCAAGAUGGACCGACCCACCAUGGCCACUGGCCGCACCGUCACCCGCUGCGUCAUUUUGCUCUUCAUCCUCAUCUUCUGCUUCUGCUCUCUCAUCAUCUUCGGCUCGGGUCAGAUCGCUGAUGGCCAGUGGUGGGCGGUGCUGCUGCUGGUGCUGCUGCUUCUGGUCAUCAUGCUCUUGAUCUUCAUCAUCAUUCAGCAGCCGGAGAACCCCAAGCGCCUGCCCUACAUGGCUCCCUGCGUUCCCUUCGUCCCGGCCUCCGCCAUGCUGGUAAAUGUUUACCUCAUGCUCAAGCUCUCCACCAUCACAUGGAUCCGUUUUGGUGUAUGGUGCUUUGUGGGUGUUUUGAUCUACUUCGGCUACGGCAUGUGGAACAGCACCCUGGAGAUCACGGCACGUGAGGAGGAGGCCCAUGCUAGCACAUACCAGCGCUACGACAUUGGCGUGGAUGACAACUUUGCAGUAGAUGAUGAUCUGCACCCUUCUGGAGACGGAGGGCCGGACCAAACCUGGGACUCCCAUGAGGGCAAAGGUGGGCACCAGAAACAGCAACAUCAGGAGCAGAGCAAGCCUCAGCCUGACGGCCUGGACAGGGUGGACAACCACAGGACCUCCUCUGCCUCCUCACACAGCAGGGCCAAAAGCAAAGCUGGCAAACCCAGUCCGGGCUUUGAGGCACUGGUAGUCGACGACGAUUUGGACGAUCCUUUGGAAUGAGAAUGUAAUCUGAAUGUACAAAUCUGCCAACAACUGCAGAACCCUUGGGCUAGGUUGUUAUGUCUCUGAGUUUUUAUUUGAUUCCUGUUCCUUUAUUUGCAGCCCUUUUUCACUACUGAUAGGAUAAUGAGAACACAUAGGAUGGGAUUUAACUUUUAGAAGGCUUUUGAUCUUUUUUUAUUUUUUUGACCACACAGAUCCUAAAGAGCCCAAAUAUUCCUUCUUUUUAAAAUCAAUUUUAACAGUUUGAUCCCUAAUUCUCAAUGUAAUCGUGUUACCAAACUCUUCAGCACUUAAAUAUGUGUAAUCUAUUAUUUCACUAUCCGGUGAGUAGUUUAUUUCUGCCCUGUUAGUUAUCACGUUCCCACAGUCUUUCCCAAUAGGAGCGUCUUUCAUCUGUCAGGAGGAUGCCUAUUCACAGGUCACUUCCUGUAGUCUAUUAGCCCCAACGUUGUGUUGGGUCGAAAUAAAACAAGAAAACAUUGCCAUGUGAAGCCCUUAAAACACUUAAAGUGAUUUGCACACUUUUGCAAUUCAGUAAGCAGCUGUUUUUCUUAAUCAGUUUGAAUAUUGCAUACAAAAAGUUUCGUUUUGAGAGGCAAAAUAGAUGAUAGCCAUAAAAUGUGACUGGGAAUGACCCCACUGAAUCAAAGGCCUCGUUCUCUUCUGCUCUAACAUCUAGCCCAAGUGAGGUUUCGAUUGUAGGUUGUCACAAAUAGUAAUUGGACUUUGCUUGCAAUAGUGCCUUCAUCUGUCAGUGUGUGCUUUAAAUAUGACCAUCAAGAUGUCCAUGCUUGUUUGUUUGUCAUUUCUGUUGAUGCCGACAUAUCCAUGGGGUUUGUUUUCCUUGUGAAGGUGCCUGUCAGCCGUCACGUGUCACCACCGACCAUCCAUUCAUCCUAAGUACCAGUGACUCCGCUUCAUCCUUGCAAGCAGGCAGCUCUGUGUCAAUACUGACAGUGUGACCACAGUACGAUUUGUGUCUCUCAGCUGGUCAGUGUGUCCGUUGAAAAAAAAAAAAAAAGAUGAGUUUUAGGAAAAGAGAGGGAGUGAAAUUUGCAUGUGGUGUGGAGUGUUUUUUUUUUUUUUUAUCGGGCUGUGCUCUUCCCUUAUAAUUCACGUGGUGUUCAAAUGAUCUGUCCAGUCUAACUCUAUCUGUGCUAUAGCUCUGGCAGCCGAAAAAGGCAAAACAAAAAACAAAGCAACCAAUCCAGGCCUCAAAUCCAUACAUUUGGAAGGCCUCAUGUUUAAAAUGCACUAAGCAUAUCAUGCCAUUUUACUUUAAAUGUGUCUCCCCAAAUUUGUGUUUGUGACAAAUAGGUUGAAAUGUUAAAAAACAAAAGAUUGAGUUGCCAUAAAUGAUUUGCUGGCUGUGUCAUUUGAGUCCCAUAAGCUCUCACAGCGCAUAGAGCUUCAUUUUGGGGCCUGGGUUGGUUUUGUUCCUUGCAUCUGGUCUAUGAUGUGAUUCUUUGUCGCUGUGGCAUUUUGCUGAAUGUAUAGCAUGUUCAGAACAAACGGGCCCAGAGUAAAACUGUGAGUAUCUGCAUGUGUGGUGACCGAUGAAAGACUUGAUGUAAAUCUCAAAUGUAGCAUUCUGAGAGACAAGGGUAGCAGCCUGCCGACUGUACACCCCCCGAACCCUCCUUUUCCCGAGUGGCCUCUGUUUACAAAGCAAGCCAAAGUCUGCAACCUUUGUUUACUACAGUAUACUCGACAAAAGACACCAUUUUACUUCUGUAGAGUAGAACAAUAUAUAACAGUGUGGAGAUGUGAGAUAUCGAAGAGAAGUAUUUUUUUACAGGCAUUUCAUACCUUCAGGUUCUCUAUUAGGGUAGCCUAGUCACCGCCGGUGGUGUUUUGUGGGUACAGAAGAACUUCUAAAGAACAGUGGUGAAAGCAUAUAUUUUUAAUGACCUCUUUCUAAAAACAUAACUGGAGAUGUUUGGGUUUUGAUUUAAAUACGUUAGCACAUAAGAAUAGUCUCAAAGAGGGCAAGGUUUUAAAGGGAUAGUUCACCCCAAAAAUAAAUAUUCUGUUACCAUAUACUCAACCUCAUAUCACUUCCAAUCUGUACACAACAGAUUUUUUAUUAUUAAUUUUUUUUGGUCCAUACAAUGGAAUUCAGUGGGGUCCAUUGAUGAUGUUUUGGACCCCAUUGACUUUCAUUGUAUGGACAAAAACAGUUCUUUUGUGUUCAGCAGAAGUCACACAGGUUUUGAGCAACAUGAGGGUGAGUAAAUAAUGACAAUUUUCUUUUGUGGGUGAAUUAUUAAGUAAGAUUAAAAUCUACGUACAGAAAUAUUUUAUUAAAAAUCUGUCUGUAAAAAAAAAAAAAAAAA